CUCUGUGUGCACACUGCUGUCGUUGAGCUUCUUUCUGCGCCGUCUCCCUCUGGUUUUCUUCAUCUGAGAAGAAACGAUACAACAUAUUGCUUGCGGCUGUCUCACAUCCUCUCCUGUUAACACAGCAAUAUCUCGGAGUAGUUGACUGCCUCAUCCAUGCAUUGGAGUCCUGGGCCCCAGCGCACCGGCCCCGGCUCCAGCCAUGUCGGCCAGGAAUGCAUCGGCUGGUGGCGGUGACAGAGCGGGAGGAGGCGAACCGGCAGAGGAUGUGCUGGUUGAUGAAAACCAAAGCAGCUCUCUCUCUCUGUCCAGCCUGAUGACCCCAUCCUCAGCUGCUGGCAUGUCCUUAAGUAUGGAGAUGCCCCGGAAGCGCAAGGGCAGCAUAGACAACCAGGAUACAAAAUCUGCUUCCAUCCCUGAUGCAGAUAUGGAAGACGACCAAAACAGGUCAGAUGGAGAGGACCAACAUGUCAAAAUUAAAUGCAUCAGGGAGCCACACAGCCAAAUUGAGAAGAGGAGACGGGACAAAAUGAACAACCUCAUAGACAAACUAUCAGCAAUGAUUCCGACUUGUAACCCCAUGUCUCGUAAGCUGGACAAGCUCACUGUGCUCAGAAUGGCUGUGCAGCACCUCAAAUCUCUCAAAGGUUCAGCAAGUUCAUUUUCUGAAGCUAAUUAUAAGCCGUCAUUCCUUCCUAAUGAGGAGCUGAAACACCUUGUCCUCAAGGCUGCAGAUGGGUUCCUGUUUGUAGUGGGCUGUGAUCGUGGGAAAAUAGUUUUUGUCUCAGAGUCCGUCACGAAGAUAUUAAAUUAUAGUCGGACGGAGCUGAUCGGACAGAGCCUGUUUGAUUACAUACACCCCAAGGACAUGGGAAAAGUGAAGGAGCAGCUGUCAGCUUCUGAAUUAUACCCUCGUGAACGACUAAUAGAUGCUAAAACCGGUCUGCAGGUCCAGGCUGACCUCCCAGUCGGUGCAGCUCGGCUGUGUUCAGGUGCACGGCGCUCUUUCUUCUGCCGCAUGAAGUACAACAAAGUUUCUGUCAAAGUGGAGGAGAAGGAGUUCCAGGCCAGCACCUCCAAAAAGAAAGAGUCGCAGAAGUACUGCACAGUCCACUGUACAGGCUACAUGCGCAGCUGGCCAACCAGUCAGUUGGGAGCAGACGGGGAGGGCGAGGCGGACAAGCAGGACAGCUCCCACUUCAGCUGCCUGGUGGCGGUGGGACGCGUCCACUCCCACUCAUCUCCCCAGGUUAACGGAGAAGUCCGAGUUAAACCAACAGAGUUCAUCACACGCUAUGCCAUGGAUGGCAAAUUCACCUUUGUCGAUCAAAGAGCGACAACCAUUCUUGGUUAUCUUCCCCAAGAGUUGCUUGGGACAUCAUGCUAUGAGUACUUCCAUCAAGACGACUUACCGCAUUUAGCAGAUAGACAUCGAAAAGUGCUGCGGAGUAAAGAGAAAAUUGAGACAAACUGUUAUAAGUUCAAAACAAAAUAUGGCUCUUUCGUCACUCUGCAAAGUCAGUGGUUUAGUUUUGUAAAUCCCUGGACCAAAGAAGUAGAAUACAUAGUGUCAACUAAUACAGUCAUAUCACAUGAUAACAGUCGAACCAGGUCGGGAAACAAGUCUGAACAGCUGAGCAAUUCCAAGACUUCUGAAGAAGAUGGCAAGAAGUCCCUUCCGAUUAUACCAGGCAUCUCCAACACACCUGGAACUAUGAUUUAUGCUGGAAGCAUAGGGACCCAGAUUGCCAAUGAGCUCCUGGAUUUCAACAGGAUGAACUCAUCACCUUCCAGUGGUAACGUCAGCCCGUUCAGUUUGCCACAGGAUAAGUCUCCACAAACUCACAAUCAAAUGAGCAACAAUGUGCCAAAUGGAGAGGCAACAGACAUGGAGAUGCCAGGAAAGUCCAGCUCAGAGGAUGAGCCCCAGGGAGCUACAUUCUCAGGAGGAGAAACACUCAUGGGGGAGAAUUCCCAGCUGGAUUUGGACAGUGUGGUUGGACCAGGCCUUAGUAGUCUCAGCAACGAUGAAGCAGCCAUGGCAGUGAUCAUGAGCCUCCUGGAGACGGACACAAAUUUGGGGGAAGCUGUGGACUUUGAAGAGAUGCACUGGUCUUUAUAGAAUCUGGUCUUACAGUGUGACGCUGUGGCACAGUUGUUGGACCAUCAGUUUUUUGGUGACAAGAACUUGAAUGCUUACUCCAAGAGCAUUCUGUUUUUUAAAGACUUUUUUUUAUUUAUUAGUUACCUUUUUCCACAUAAGCUGUGUAGUCUUCGGGUGGCUGCUCUAACAGGAGUGGGAUCGAUGACAAUAAGGGACAACUGCUUUCCCUCUUCAAAAGGAGGAUUUGCCUCUAAAGCCUUACAGCGGUCUGCCUGCCCUGAAACGCUGUUCCUCACUGCUUUCUUCACAUCUACUGUCAUCCUCUGUUUAACUGAAGAGGCUCUUACAAGGUUGAAGAACCCAUGAACACAAAUGACAGUGAAAGGGCUUGCGUCAUGGCGGCUCGGGUUUCCUGCUUGUAUUUCUCUCCUCACUGACAUUUGAACAAAGGUUCGGAGUGACGAAGCAAAAAAAAAAGAAAAAAAAAAAAAA